AGGAGAAAGGAUCAGGAGAAUUCAAAAUGCAGAUCUUUGUAAAAACUCUAUCCGAGAAGACGAUCACCCUCGAAGUGGAGAGCAGCGACAGAAUCGACGAUAUCGAGCUCAAGAUUCAGGAGCAAGAAGGGGUUCCCGUCGACCAGCAGCGUCUGAUAUUUGGCGGGAAUCAACUGGACGAAGAUAAAACCGUAGCCGAUUACGACAUCCAACGAGAGUCGACCCUUCACCUGUCUCUGAGGCUGAGAGGAGGCGGGAAUGGCAUCAAGAUCGAGCCCUCGCUCAUCGCUCUCGCGAGGAAAUACAGGCAGAACAAGAUGAUAUGCAGGAAGUGUUAUGCUCGAUUGCCUGAGAGAGCUCAUAACUGUCGUAAGAAAAAAUGUGGGCAUAGCAAUCAGUUGAGAAAGAAGAAGUUGCCCAAAAUAGAUUAAGAGGGAGAGUACCAUAUUUAUAGAUCAUGAGUUGCUUUCAUGUGUAUUUCGUUUAAUGAGUUUGUUUAAUUACAUGCAGAAAUAAGUUCAUGUGUUUUUCUUCUUGUUUUUGUGAGAAAAGUUUCUGUGAGUAUCAUCCUGUAUUGAUUUUUUUGUCAAAU